AACCGCGACGAGUGUCACGCCAUUCGUCUCAAGAAACAGCACUUCAUUCACAGAGCGGUCGCUCUCUUCUCGGACGACAAGAACAGAAACUUCGCGUGUCUUCAGUCGUCGCCAAAAAUAGGUCUCUUAGAGACGGCUUCCAAACCAGACUCACACAUGACUGCAGACAUGAAGACUCUGUUCCAGUCGAGCGAUGCCAACGACAACACUCACGAUGUGGUGAUUAAUAUCGGACACAAGAAGUACUUCUGCCAUAAGUUUAUUCUCGCGGACCGUUCGGAAUACUUCCGGAAGAAGUUCUCCGCGGAUUGCGAUUGCAAUUCAUUGACAAUCGACACGAACUUCGUGUCCGUCGACUCCUUCGACCAAAUCAUUCAAUAUAUUUAUUUUAAUUCUAAUGAUCUCUUCGAAGACGGAAAGCGGAUCCACUGGAAGACUGCCACUAAAGACACUAAAGAGACAAAAGAGAAUAAUUUGAAGAAUAAUAAUAACACCAAAAACACAAACAAUAAAAAGAAAGACAACUCGAAGUCGAAGAACAACACGAGUAAUGACUCGUUGAAUGGCAUGAAAGACGCGGCAAAGAAACUCGGGAUCACUUGGUUUCACAAUUGGCUGAACCAUAAUGGCGUCCGAAUAGUUGAUAAUAAGGUGAAAGUGAACGACAGAUCGUUUCCACCAAAAAUCACUUUCAAUAGACAUAAACACGAAUUGUAUGACAUUGUCAUCAAAUCGGAAGACGGCGUUGAGUUCAAGUGUCAUAAAUGUAUUCUUAUGUCACGAAUUGAUUACUUCAGAGGAAUGUUGAGCUCCGGUUGGAUCGAGGCAUCGGCUAACAGUCCCUUAAAGCUACCGAUUCCGUCAAAGAUAUUGGACAUCCUUAUGGAUUACAUCUAUAAAGAUGAGUCUUCUAUACUCGAGUCCAUCGAAGACCCGGAGUUUAUUUUACACGUAUUGGUUAUCGCCGACCAGUACUUAAUCCCACGGCUCAAGACAUACUGCGAAUACGUUUUAGUAAAUCUUUUGACUCUGAAGAAUGCGUGCGAACUGUUAGAGCUGUCGUAUAUCUAUAACGCGGAUCAACUGAAGCGAUGUUCGCUGGACUUCAUUUGCAUUAAUUUGCAAACUCUUAUCGAAACCAAAUCUAUUGAUGUCUUAAGUGAUGAGGCGAUGCAUGACUUGACUGAAUGCUAUCAAAAUCUGAUCACUCGACCGCACAACCGACGGAUCUCAAGAUACUCGAGUGCACCGAAUGCUGAAGAUUUGGAACAAAUUUACUCAUUAUUUGAUUCAAACGUUGACUUCAAUGUGAAUAUGGAUGAGAAGAAAGCGAUUCUUAAGCAGAGGUCUCAUGACUUGAAA